UUAUUAAAUUACUUACUUUAUUUUGCAAGCAGACAGUCAUAUCCUGCAGGGUCGGUGAUAAUAAAUGGUGGUGGUUUGAACUGGAGGGGGCACGUCAGUUUGCGCAGCUUUGGCUCACAGAAUGCAUGAGAAGGUCUGGUAGUUGGAGAGCGCCCAUCUACUGUGUCUUAAACAAUGCCAUGCUUCAAUCCAUUGCAAUGGCUGAGAGAGUCAAGGACGCUGGUCUUGGUGGUGGUCUUUGUAGCCCUCUUACUGGACAACAUGCUGCUCACUGUAGUGGUGCCUAUAAUCCCCAGUUUCCUGUACGCCACCGAGCUCAAGAGUGUGAACGAUUCUUUAACCCACAACACAACCUCAGCUCCUGGGCAGGCUGGUUACGAAGCCGCUACUUUCUCCUCUGUCAUCUCAUACUAUGACAACACAACAAUCAUCCUCACAGACGACACUGUCAACAGCACCAGCAGGGACUUUAGCAGGACUGUCAAUGGCUCUCUGCUGACAGAAGAGGGCUCAGCGGUCAGAGACAGAGACUGCGUAAAAAACAAUGACAUCCUCAUGGAGGAGAAUGUCCGGGUCGGGCUCCUGUUCGCCUCCAAAGCUUUAAUGCAGCUUGUUAUGAAUCCAUUUGUUGGACCUCUUACUAACAGGAUUGGAUACCACAUUCCGAUGUUUGCUGGCUUUGUGGUCAUGUUCCUAUCGACAAUAAUGUUUGCUUUCUCUGAAACCUACAUCUUGCUGUUCUUGGCACGAAUGCUUCAAGGAAUCGGCUCGUCCUUCUCAUCUGUUGCAGGUCUUGGCAUGCUGGCCAGUGUUUACACGGAUGACAAUGAAAGAGGGACGGCCAUGGGGAUUGCUCUGGGAGGACUGGCUCUGGGUGUGCUCUUUGGAGCCCCCUUUGGAAGUGUGAUGUACGAAUUUGUUGGGAAGAAAGCUCCCUUCCUGGUUCUGGCCUGCUUAGCGCUGAUGGAUGGAGCAUUGCAGCUUUCUAUACUUCAACCUUCGAAGGUUUCUCCCGAGUCUGCACAGGGCCCGUCUUUAUUAACCCUGUUACGGGAUCCGUAUAUUCUCAUUACUGCAGGGUCCAUAUGCUUUGCCAACAUGGGGGUUGCAAUGUUGGAACCAACACUGCCAAUAUGGAUGAUGCAGACCAUGUGCUCUCCAAACUGGCAGCUCGGUAUUGCUUUUCUCCCAGCGAGUAUAUCGUACCUCAUUGGCACAAACCUGUUUGCUAUACUUGCUAACAAAAUGGGAAGGUGGCUCUGCUCCAUGAUUGGCAUGUUGAUUGUGGGUGUUAGUCUCAUCUGUGUCCCCUUAGCAAAAGAUAUCUACGGACUCAUUGGUCCAAAUGGGGGUCUUGGUUUUGCAAUCGGUAUGGUGGACUCCUCAAUGAUGCCCAUUAUGGGAUAUCUGGUGGACCUUCGCCAUGCGUCUGUGUAUGGUAGUGUCUAUGCCAUUGCAGAUGUUGCCUUUUGCCUCGGAUUUGCAAUUGGUCCUUCCACUGGUGGAGCGAUUGUUAGAGCCAUAGGGUUUCCAAGCCUCAUGGUAAUAAUUGGGAUUAUUAAUAUAUUGUACGCACCCUUGUGCUGCUUCUUAAGGAACCCAGCAGCAAGAGAAGAAAAAAUGGCAAUUCUGAACCAUGAGUGUCCCAUGCCUACCAAAAGCUACAGAACCCAGAAUACCUGCCACGAUUUUCCACUGAGUGAUGAAAGCUUUGAUGAGGAGAGCAAAGAGUGAUUUUUUGGAAGUUGUCCUUAACUCACCCCUCCCCCUCAAUAUUGUGUUCUAUUGUAAUUAACCCUCCACCCCUCCCCCUCAAUAUUGUGUUCUAUUUUGUAUUUGUAGACCCCCCCCUCCCCCAAAGUUCCACCAUCACAAGACACAGUCAGUAUGCACUCUAAGAUCUCUGCUUCAGAUCAUUAACAGAAGAAUGUACUCGAAACAUUUACCAAACCAGAAACCUAUUGUGGAAGGGUGGGGGGAUUCACUGACACGGGAGACACAAGAUUUUAUUUGUAAAAGAUUUAUUUAUUUUACUUCUUUAUUUUUUUUUUAUUUAGAUUAGCCCGCAGAGGGCGCUGUUGUCCAUGGUCUGGAUACUGCCGACAGUAAACCAGGACCACGGGGUUACCAACACAGGUAUCCCAAUCCGUGCACCUUCAAGUGCUCAAAAAUAAUAACGAAAACAGAAGGCGAAAGAAAAAGGGAAAAUAAAACACAGUAAUAAAACUACAAACAAAAGUGCUGCUUAUGCAGUGCCCCCACUGCCGCUAAUCCGGUCAGCACGGGUCUCCGUCCUACACUCAGCUGUGCUAUACACUGGGGUUGGUCAGGGUUCCCCGUACCUCUACACAUGUCCCCUCGGGUACGUAUUUAUCUAUAUUGCUCUGUGAAAAUUAGUUUUUUUUUUUUUUUUUUUUUUUAUGAAAGGCUGCCCCCUCAGCCGGGCUCGCCUGCUCCUUGUUUCACUCUGGCCUCUUCUGCCAGCGACACUGUAUUUCCUCCAACACGGCCACCCGAGUGCACAACCAAGCCAGUUCUUAUGGGCCGAGCAGUCUCCCAAGGCCCGCCCUUCAGCCACUCGGAGAGAGGGAAAGCACACACACCCUCUUCCCCACCUCUCCGUGUCAUCGCCAUGACAGACAGGCGGAUCCCACGAGACUGCUGCCCUCUACCUGCAGUAAUACAAAUGUGCCAGACAGUCAGUCCAGAUCUCCCCUGUUACAUCUAUAUACAGACCUUUUUGUUUAUUGAAUUAUUUACAUUUUUGAUGUAGUUAUUUGUCCGUGCUGUAUUGACUGCACUAGAUUGUACUUUCAAAUUACAUUUUAAACCUUUAUUUAUUUCUAUGAACGUAUUUAUUUAUUUACCCUGUAUGUCUUCUAUAUGUCCCUAAAGCAGGUGGGGCAAGGGUAACAGCAGUGCCAAUUCCCUUACAGAAAAUACGUUUUGUAAUAUAGUGGGGCAUGCUAUAGUUUUGUAAGUUAUGUUUAUUUAAUAUAUAUAUUUUUGCCAGUACUUCUUAACAGCUUUACAUUUAUGCAUGCACAUAGCAAGAAGUAAUAUUGGAUGGGCUCCCUAGUGGCACAUCUAGUAAAAGCACUCGCGUAGAGUGCUGGAUGCGCCCUAUAGUCUAGACGUCGCUGGUUCAAGUCCAGGCUAUUCCUUUGCCGACCGUGGACGGGAGCUCCCAGGGGGCGGCGCACAAGUGGCCGAGCGCUGCCCGGUGGGAGGGAGGGUUAGGUCGGCCAGGGUGUCCUCGGCUCACCGCGCACCAGCGACCCCUGUGGUCUGGCCGUGCGUCUGCGGGCUUGCCUGUAAGCUGCCCAGGACUGCAUUGUCCUCUGACGCUGUAGCUCUAGGUGGCUGCAUGGUGAGUCUGCAGUGUGUAAAAAAAGCAGGCGGCUAAUGGCACACACUUCGGAGGAGAGCGUGUGUUCGUCUUCGCCCCUCCCAAGUCAGCACAGGGGUGGUAGCGGUGAGCUGAGCUAAACAAAAUAAUUGGCCACUACCAUAUUGGGGAGAAAAUAACAAAAAACUAAUUAACGACUACUAAAUUAAAAAAAAAAAAAGAAGUAAUAUUGCUUACCUUUUAAUUUUAACAUGUAUUCCUUGUGUGAUGUAAAAAAAAAAUAGAAAAAAGCCUUUUUCCUUUCUCCUUUAAUGCAUAUACAAUAAAAGUCAUGUUGU